GUGUGUCCAAGUCCACCACAUAAUGAAUCCCCCAAUCUCCACAUCUCCACCGCAACCGCUUCUUUUCUCUCUCCCAGUCCCAAAAAAUGUCAUCCGCCGUGGUUGCAGGUUCCUCCGCCUUCGCCAGAACCUCCAUCGGAGCUCCCCGGUUUCCAUCUCCCAAACCCUCUGCCUCCGCCGCCCCGCCCCACCCUCAGAAAAGCGCUUUCCAUGGGGUCUCGGUUCAGGAGGCCAAGAAGGGGGUUUUGGUGUCCCAUUGGUUCGUCGCCGAGAAUGGAGAUUUCUCCGGUAAGCCGCGGAGGGGGCUCCAGAUUCGGUCCGCUAAAACCGCCGGAGCUUCCAAGACGAUCGAGGUUGAAGUGGAUAAGCCCUUGGGCCUCACUUUGGGCCAGAAACCCGCCGGUGGAGUCGUCAUCACUGCAGUGGAUGGGGGAGGGAAUGCAGCAAAAGCAGGGCUAAAAGCCGGAGACCAGGUUCUAUACACAAGCAGUUUCUUUGGUGAUGAAUUGUGGCCCGCAGAUAAGCUCGGAUUCACCAAAACUGCCAUCCAAGCCAAGCCUGAUUCUGUCUACUUUGUCGUUAGCAGAGGAGCUGAGGUAGAUGUUAAACGGCUGCCGAAGCGGCCUGCGCCUCCCCGCUUUGGAAGAAAACUUACUGAAUCACAAAAGGCUAAAGCAACUCAUAUAUGUUUGGAUUGCGGAUACAUUUACACCUUAUCCAAACCUUUCGAUGAGCAGCCGGAUGGAUAUGCAUGCCCUCAAUGUAUAGCUCCAAAGAAGAGGUUUGCAAAAUAUGACGUGAACACAGGAAAAGCAAUAGGAGGAGGUUUGCCUCCAAUUAGUGUCAUUGCUGGUCUGGUUGCUGGCAUUGCUGCUGUUGGAGCAUUGCUUGUUUAUGGCCUUCAGUGAUAUAAUAAACUUGUCACUCAGAUCAUAUCAUAUAUGCUUCUCUUCUUAGGUACUUCUCCCAUUUAUUUAACCCUUCAAUUUUAUGAAUCCUCUUGUCCAAAAUUUCCAAAUUACACAUGUUAAUAAUAUCAUGUUUGAUUUCUGCACAACAUGUGAUAAACGUCUUUUUUUAUGGUUGAUCUAAACAUAGCUCAACUUGUUGAAGCAUCUCUCUCCGACCAAAAGGUCGUGAGUAAAAGAAAACAUGUCAAAAUUAUAUUAGCGUUC